UCAGCCCUCCAUCCCCCUACCAGAUAUAAGGGUGGAAGCCAAGCUGCCUCGAUAACUCAGCCUCCCGUGCUCCCCACCAGGCCCAGUCUCUCUGCCUCUCUCCGGCCAUGUCGUGCCGCUCCUUCCAGCAGGCUUCCAGCUGUGGCAGUCGGAGCUUCAGCUCCAGCUCGGCCAUCCUCCCGCGGGUGGUCACCCACUACCCAGCGAGCAAGGGGCCAUGCCGGCCCGGGGGCAGUGCGGGCUUCCAUGCCCUGGGCUGCCUCGGCUCUCGGAGCCUGUGCAAUGUGGGCUUUGGGAGGCCUCGGGUCGCCUCCAGGUGCGGCCUGCCUGGCUUCGGGUACCGACUGGGGGCCGCCUGUGGGCCUUCUGCCUGCAUUGCCCCUGUCACCAUCAACGAGAGCCUGUUGGUCCCGCUGGAGCUGGAGAUUGACCCGACCGUUCAGAGGGUGAAGAGGGACGAGAAGGAGCAGAUCAAGUGCCUCAACAACCGGUUUGCAUCCUUCAUCAACAAGGUCCGGUUCCUGGAGCAGAAGAACAAGCUGCUGGAGACCAAGUGGAAUUUCCUGCAGCAGCAGAGGUGCUGCCAGAGCAACAUCGAGCCCAUCUUCGAGGCCUACAUCUGCACCCUCCGGAGGCAGCUGGACUGCGUGGCCGGGGACCGGGCCAGGCUGGAGUCAGAGCUCUGCAGCCUCCAGGACGCACUGGAGGGCUACAAGCAGAAAUACGAAGAGGAGCUCUCCCUGCGGCCCUGCGCUGAGAAUGAGUUUGUUGCCUUGAAGAAGGACGUGGACACGGCCUUCCUGACGAAGGCUGACCUGGAGACCAACGUGGAGGCUCUGGUCCAGGAGAUCGACUUCCUGAAAAGCCUGUAUGAGGAGGAGAUCUGCCUGCUCCAGUCUCAGAUCUCGGAGACCUCGGUCGUUGUGAAGAUGGACAACAGCCGGGAGCUGGAUGUGGACGGCAUCAUCGCCGAGAUCAAGGCCCAGUAUGAUGAAAUCGCCAGCCGCAGCAAAGCGGAAGCAGAGGCCUGGUACCAGUGCCGGUAUGAGGAGCUGAGGCUGACAGCUGGGAACCACUGUGACAAUCUCCGGAACCGCAAGAACGAGAUCCUGGAAAUGAACAAGCUGAUCCAGCGGCUGCAGCAGGAAACUGAGAAUGUCAAAACCCAGCGCUGCAAGCUGGAGGCCGCCGUGGCCGAGGCCGAGCAGCAGGGCGAGGCGGCCCUCAGUGACGCCCGCAGCAAGCUGGCCGGGCUGGAGGAGGCCCUGCAGAAGGCCAAGCAGGACAUGGCCCUGCUGCUGAGGGAGUACCAGGAGGUGCUGAACUCCAAGCUGGGCCUGGACAUCGAGAUCGCCACCUACAGGCGCCUGCUGGAGGGCGAGGAGCACAGGCUGUGCGAAGGCAUUGGGCCCGUGAAUAUCUCCGUGAGCAGCUCCAAAGGCGCCGUCCUGUACGAGCCAUGUGUGGUCAGCACGCCCUUGCUGAGGACCGAGUUCUGCACAGGGGGCACCAGUGUCCUUAAGAGCAGUGGGGGCUGCAGCAUUGUGGGCGCCGGGGAAUUCUACAUCCCCUGCGAGCCCCAGGGGCUCCUGGGCUGUGGGGGCAGGCGGAACUCCAGCGUGAAGCUAGGGGCUGGGGGCGGCUCCUCCUGACACAAGUGUUAGCACAGCCCCCGAGGCUGGAAGCCCAGGGAUAGGGCUCCAGCCCCCAGCCUGGAUGGUGUCCCCCCAUCAGGGCUGAAGACAAGGAUAUUCCAAACGCCCACCUUCCUGUACUGACCCCAGGUGUCCCUGGGGUUCUCACUGGGAGCUGCCCCUCGGGCCCAUCCAUAUCUUCA